GUCGCAAUGACCGGUCGCGGUAAGGGAGGUAAAGGUCUGGGGAAAGGAGGAGCCAAGCGUCACAGGAAGGUGCUCCGUGAUAACAUCCAGGGUAUCACCAAGCCCGCCAUCCGUCGUCUCGCCCGCAGAGGUGGCGUCAAGCGUAUCUCCGGUCUGAUCUACGAGGAGACCCGCGGUGUUCUCAAGGUGUUCCUCGAGAACGUGAUCCGUGACGCGGUCACCUACACCGAGCACGCCAAGAGGAAGACCGUCACCGCCAUGGACGUCGUCUACGCUCUGAAGCGUCAGGGCCGCACCCUCUACGGUUUCGGUGGUUAA